AUGGAAUGUGCGGAUGUGCCUUUAUUAACUCCCAGCAGCAAAGAAAUGAUGUCUCAGGCGUUGAAAGCCACCUUCAGCGGCUUCGCGAAAGAACAACAGCGGCUGGGAAUCCCCAAAGAUCCCCAGCAGUGGACGGAGACGCAUGUGCGGGACUGGGUGAUGUGGGCAGUGAAUGAGUUCAGCCUGAAGGGAGUGGAUUUCCAGAAGUUUUGCAUGAAUGGAGCUGCCCUCUGCGCCCUGGGCAAAGAGUGCUUCCUGGAGCUAGCGCCUGACUUUGUGGGAGAUAUCCUUUGGGAACACCUGGAGAUCUUGCAGAAAGAAGAGGUAAAACCGUACCCAGCAAAUGGAGUGAAUACAACAUAUCCAGAAUCCCGCUAUACUUCAGACUACUUCAUUAGUUAUGGCAUCGAGCAUGCACAGUGCGUACCUCCCUCUGAGUUUUCCGAGCCCAGCUUCAUCACAGAGUCCUACCAGACCCUCCAUCCCAUCAGCUCGGAAGAGCUCCUGUCUCUCAAGUAUGAGAACGACUAUCCCUCGGUCAUCCUGCGUGACCCGGUGCAGACAGACUCCCUGCAGACAGACUACUUCACGAUCAAGCAAGAAGUAGUAACGCCAGAUAACAUGUGCAUGGGACGUGCCAGCCGAGGUAAACUGGGCGGCCAGGACUCCUUCGAGAGCAUAGAGAGCUACGACAGCUGUGACCGCCUGACGCAGUCCUGGAGCAGCCAGUCCUCCUUCCAGAGCCUGCAGCGUGUCCCUUCCUACGACAGCUUCGACUCGGAGGACUACCCCGCCGCCCUGCCCAACCACAAGCCCAAGGGCACCUUCAAGGACUAUGUUCGAGAUCGGGCCGAUAUGAACAAGGACAAGCCUGUCAUUCCUGCUGCUGCCCUUGCUGGCUACACAGGCAGUGGACCCAUCCAACUGUGGCAAUUCCUGCUGGAACUGCUCACUGACAAGUCCUGUCAGUCCUUCAUCAGCUGGACGGGCGACGGCUGGGAAUUCAAACUUUCUGACCCAGACGAGGUGGCCAGACGAUGGGGCAAGAGGAAAAACAAGCCCAAGAUGAACUACGAGAAGCUGAGCCGCGGCUUGCGCUACUACUACGACAAGAACAUCAUCCACAAGACGGCCGGGAAACGCUACGUCUACCGUUUCGUCUGCGACCUGCAGAGCCUGCUGGGCUACACGCCCGAGGAGCUCCACGCCAUGCUGGACGUCAAGCCCGAUGCCGACGAGUGAAGGUGGCCGGCCGGGGCAGAGGGAUCACCCCGUGGCAUUUUGGAGAGUCAAUGGGACCUUUUCUGUUGGUUCUUUUUUUAUUUUUACUGUUAUUUUUGUUGUUUUGUUUUUUUUAAAAGAGCAACUCAGAUCUGAUGCUUUGAGGAUGUUGGGUGAGAGGGUGGCGGAAGAGACAAACUUUUAUCCAAAACCUAAAAAGUUUGGUUCGGAGAAGGAUGGGCUUGUUUUUUUUUCCUGAAAGCUCCAAGACAGGCUUUUUUUGGGGGUGAAAUUCUGAGUUUUAAGAAAGCCAGAAAAAUGUAGCUCACUUAAAAAAAACCCAAACCCCUCCCCAUCCCUUGUUGUUUAGAAAAAAUGUUAUCCAGUGUGGAUCCCUUUGGUUUUUGUAUUAUUCGCACACAAACUGACAGUUCAGGAAAUUACAGUGUUCCCGAGGAUUUGAGGAUUUUAAACUUUUUUGGGGGGCGGGGAGGGAGAACCAAAGUGGGGGAAUAUUCCUUUCGGGGAGGGGCAAUAUAGGAAAGAACCAAGAACUGUUUGUCGUUCUUGUUACAUCACCUUUCUGUCAGUUGUCUUCUUUUCUACAAAAGACAGAAUAUUUGCUAUAGGAGGGAUCAAGACUCUUUUUUUUAAAAAAAAAAAUUUGUUAAAGUUUUAUUUUAUUAAAUUUUGUGCCAGUAUUUUUUUUAAAUAGUCUUAAGCUCUAAGAUGGUCUCAGUAUUGCAAUAUUGUGUGUGUUUGUUUCUGUUAUGCCAGCAGAGAGUUUUAUCACAGUGAGGAAAAAGAAAAAAAAAAAAAAAACGAGUUUAUGUAGACCCCACUGGAGAAGUGUAGCACUGUGACUCGGCAUCUCCGAAUCGUGUGUGAAGGAAAAUUUUAACUCCAAACUGGCUCCUGGUGAUGCUGGCUGGGUGUGUCGCUCUUGCUUCCAGUCCCACACGCUUUGCUCCACCAUUUGCUGAUAAAGCUGGUUGAAAUUUCCGCUUUUGUUGUUGUUGUUAAAAAAAGGGCCUUUUUGUACAGCUGCGUUUUGUGCAUGAAACCUGUCAAGUUUUGUGGGGAAAAUGUCUUUUUUGCAUUUUCCAAACAACUUUUUUUGCUCAAGGAACACUUUUGGUGCUUUCAGAAAAUUUGGGUGGGGUUAGUUUGUUGGGUUUUUUUUGUCUAGCAGAAAAAGGGAGAAAUUCCCAUAUUUUGAACGUGGUUAAGUGGAAAAUAUGUAAGUUGGUUGGGGGAAAAAAAAUCAGGAAAAAGUUGAAAAAAACAAAGGGAAAUGUUCUUUUCUUCCUGUUUCGACCAGCUCUAUCUUUAUUGCUGUAUGUCUAAAUCAGCCUGGGCACACGCAGAAAGGAAAUUGUCCGUGCAAAUGGGUUCUUUACUGCUCUUUGUAAGCCUGAUCCUGCAGACCCUGGCAGGGUGUGAUUAACAUGAAGCAUAUGACCGGUGUCGCUGGGGUAAACGGGAGGUCUCAUGCGCUUGCCCGAGAUGGUUGCAGGACCACUCCUGGGGGGAGCUGCUCCCAUCUGUCCUCCAAACCUUCAGGGACUCGUUCAGAGGGGUAAAUCCUGCGGCCCCCAGCACUUCCCAGGCUGCUCUGAGCAGACUGAGGCUCCCGACUGCCUUCGGGGUGGGUCUGGUGUGAGUUAGAGCGCGGGGCAGUGAGCGUUUCUUUAUCCAGAUACAACCCCGAAGCCGGAUCCGUGCGGAUCCAAACGCCAAACGGGGUCUGUCACCCCUGAGAGCCACUGGGCUUUUUGUUUCUAAAGACAGUAUUAUGCGUUGGAACCAAAAGUACCUUCUUUUUGUGUUGUUUGUCUGUCCGUCUGUGUGCUUUAGGUAGUUGUGUUCGUCACAGAGGCACUGUGAGACAGCAGUGGGGGGCGAGGUGGGGAGAGGCUUGCCAGAGUUGCUCACCGGGCGGUGCCUGUGUAGUACAGGCUGAUUUGUUGUGUCAGCAGGGCAGGGCUCUGUGCAGAAAGCCAAAAUAUUCAGGCAUAUAACCCCCCCUGCACAGGGGCGGUGUUGGGGAGCUCGACCUCAGGGCCAGGUGAUGUUCAGAGGUGCUGGGCUCUCCUCCACAUCCUCCAGACCUGGGGGCACCUCUGUAUCCCCAGUUAGUCAUUUUGGGGCAAGUCAACCCCAAAACUGCUGUGUACUUAAAAAAAAAAAAAAAAAAAGGUGCUGGUGGAGGGGAAAUGAGUGGGCCAAGAGGGAGCUCCAGCCAAGGGGGAUGAAAGCAGAAGGUGGUUUAGGCGAGGGAUGUUAUUAUGCUGUUAGCUCACAGGGCUGGGGCUGCGCAUCAUCCCACUGAGCAUAUGGGAAGAAAAGGGUGUGAUGGACGGAAAGGAAGGAAAAAGGGGAUGAAAGGAAGGUGAAAGGAACAUGCACCAAAGGAGGAAAGGGACACUGCCUGUUGGGAAGUUAAACUUCAGCUCAGCUCCUGGGGCAGAUAGGGAGGAUGGGAGAAAGCAGCUGGGCCGAGCUGGAGAGAGGAAAGGAAAACACAGAUAGCGUGGAUGAGACCCCCCCCAGCAGCAAGGCAUCGGGGCAGAGCUCUGCUGAAAAGGGACACAGAAAUGUGCAGGGGAGGAGCAGUUCAAGAGCUUCCUGACAGGACACAUCGUACAGGUUGGAUUUUCAGCAAUCGGGUGGGUUUUUUUGGGCGGUUGGGGUUGCUGUCCUGCGUGCAGCUGCUGAGUGCCCUUAGCUUACCCUUCACAGGCCACUUCUACCUGUGCUUUGGAAAAUCCCUCUUACACCCUUAGAAAGGGUUCCCUGUCUCCUGCCCUGGGCACCACGUCGUGUCCCAGGACAUGCCUCCUGCUUCACUCGGAUGCUCCACUGCAGCUGAAGUGCCUUUUUCAAGCGGAAAACAGGGAUAAAAUUUCCCUCCGAUGGAAGGAACCGCAGGUCCAGGUACCAACCCCAUCCUUCUGCCAGGCUAAAUCCCUUGUCUGCUCCACUGUGCUUUUUUUUUCCAGGUUUCCAAGCUGAACCUGUGUGUUCCUUGUGUUUUAAGAAGGUGCUUUAAAGGUUAGGAAGGGCCAGUCGUGGAAAGCAGCUCUGUUUUUUGGAAGUAGCCCCUGGUUGGAGCUUCUCCAUCGUUUCUCCCGGCUGUUUGCCAUCACAGCUCGCAGCCUGUGUGCAAGUGCAGCCGGAAAAGUCCUAGGGACAGCAGGUUCAUCAUUUCCUGUUUUCUUCUAUUUUUUUAUUCCCAAUCUAGAGACCAUCCCGGAGAGGGCUGUGUGCUGUUUAUACACUGGAAAUUUGCAGAUUUGUUCUUGUUCCUUUGGGUUUUUUCUUUCUUCUUUUUAACUGUAUGUUGACUUUUGGUGAGGGGUGUGCUGGAACCCAAACCCUCUGACCUCCUGUUCUCUGAGGCCAUGAAAUUUUGGUUCUCACUUCCAUGUGCUGGACCAGAAGGAUGGGUUUGAGAGGGAUGGUGGAGAUCUGCCCGGGAUGGGCCUCGCUCUUGUGCUGGUUUCUCUGCAUGGGGCUGAGCUUCACCUUCAGCAGAUACACACAGCUUUUAGAAAUUGGGUAGUUUUGUCUUGUUUUGGAAUGACUCAGGUGCUUUUGGUGAUUUUUUACAAAUAUUUGUCUGUGUUCUGCUCGUGAUCUGCUCUUUUCUGUGCAGGGGCAUGUCCCCUUGGCUUUGUGGCAGAGCCUGAGUCCUACCUUGGGAGCGUAGCACUUGCAAACAGCUUUCUGGGGCCUCAGCAGUCGGUAUUGGGGACCUCAGUAAAAGGAAAAAAACAAAAACCUGAUGCAAAAUGCAAGUGCUUUUCCUGCUGCCUCUCUUCCAUCUCUGCAUGUAGAGUGAUCAUAACCCGUGGACACUCGUGUGUGUGUGAGUGUAGAUCCAUUUUAUUUCCACACUACCACCGUCCCGCUCCAGACGUGGUGUAAUAACCACACAGGGCAGGAAAUAAAAAAUACUGUGUGAUGUAACCUCCUCAUGUCUUUCCAAACCAACACCUCCAAAUAAAAGGUCCCAGUAAGCACCGAUAAAUUCAGAUGCUGCAGGAAACAUCCCCAUCUUCUGUCUCUUGCUCUUCUGGGGGGGGGUUCUGUGAGGCUUUAGGGCUUGGUUGCUUGUUCCUCGUUAACAUUGCAAAAUUUGGAUGCCUUGGUGUGCUCUGCUCUCUGGUAGGGUCUAUAUAACAUCCGUGAGCUGUUGUCUACAUUCCAAAGAGGUUUAAAUAAAUGAUAAAUCUAUGUAUACAUAUAUGUUAUAAUGGAAUAUCUCCAGGAAUUAACUGCCUCAGUAAAAAAAAAAAAAGUCUUUGUUUUGUUUUGUUUUGUUUUUACACAUGGGAUUUUUUUUUAAACUGAUAAACAUAGAAGAAGAAAAAAAAAAGAGAUUGUUAUAUUGUGCUGUUCGACUAUUUUCCAACUUGUAUUUUCAUAUAAUUUAUAUUUUUUAAAAGUGGAAAAAAAUUUUAAAAGCGAGAUUAAAAAAAAGGAAAAAGCAGGUGCUUUUUAAAAAAAACUGAGCUGAGGUAGCUUAGAGAUGUAGCGAUGUGUGUGUGUGUCCGUGUGUUGUGUUUUGUUUUGUUUUGUUUUUAAAGGAUACAAAAAAAAAAAAUCCCUCCUACAUUGAAUUCUUAAAGAAGGAGGGGAUUGGUUUUGUUUUAAUUGCUGAUGCUGGCACAUCAUUUUGCUGGAGAGUUUUUUAUAUACUGUAGCCUUAUUUCAUAUCGUAUUUUAAACCAUGUGAAAUUAAAAGAAGAAUAAUUCAUAACCCUCAG